GUUUAUAUUUUUAUUUACAUCGACUUUCUCGGCGACUUGGCGUGUUGUUAAAUUUUACAAUCUCCAAAGUUUUAUUGCGAAGAAUAUUUUAAUAUUUAUGUUAUUUAUAAAUUGUAAAAGGUUGUUGGAAUAUUAGAUAACUAUUUUCAAAUUAUUGCUUUCCGUCAGAACAAUUAUGCCUCGCGCCAAAACGAAGACCGCAGCCACUACUUCGGCACUUUCAGACAAAAUGAGCAGAAAUAUUUGCAAGAACAAUGAUUUGAUCAAUGAAAAUGAGUCAGAUAAUAAAGAAAAUCCAAUAAUCAAGAUUGAGCCGUCGGAACCUCUAGAGAGCCAACCAAGUCCAAGUAAAAUGGACCUGAGCAAGUUUAGGUUUGAGAAAAAGCCGCACGUUAAAAUUGAGUUUGAUAAAGAUUCUCCAACAAAAGAUGACACGAAAGGAUUAUGGGAGCCAGCAAAUUGGAAGGAGUUUCUUAUAAACUUAAGAAUAAUGAGAUCCAAUAAUGAUGCACCUGUUGACUCCAUGGGUUGCCACAUGAAUAUGGACGAGAAUGCCCCACAAGAAGUGUAUAGAUACCAAUGCCUGAUAUCUCUGAUGCUGUCAAGUCAGACUAAGGAUCAGGUAACAUUUGCGGCCAUGGAACGGCUAAGGAAACGAGGGCUCACUGUGGACAGUGUGCUCAGCAUGAGUGAUGAUGAACUCGGCAAGUUGAUAUACCCUGUUGGAUUUUGGAAGACUAAAGUAAAGUACAUUAAGAAAACAACUCAAACUCUGAAGGAACAGUACAAUGGUGAUAUACCUGAUUCAGCUGAGAAGCUGUGUAAGCUGACGGGUGUGGGACCUAAGAUGGCACACAUUUGUAUGCUUGUUGCAUGGAAUAAAGUCACAGGAAUUGGUGUUGACACACAUGUCCACAGAAUAAGUAACAGAAUAGGCUGGGUGAAAAAAACAACUAAUACUCCAGAAGACACCAGAAAAGCUUUACAAACCUGGUUACCAUUUGAAUUGUGGAGUGAAGUCAACCAUCUACUUGUAGGAUUUGGCCAAACUCUUUGCUUGCCCAUAGGUCCAAUGUGCCAUGAAUGCCUAAACAGAGACAUUUGCCCAUCCAGUGGCAAAGGAAGAAAGUCGCCCAAAAAGACACCAUUAAAGAAUGUUAAAGCAGAAAUAAAAACUGAAAAUUCUGAUGAGGAAAAUGAUGUCAAGCCUCCUAAAAGCAGAAAAGUUACACCAAGAAAGGAAUUGAAUGAGGAUGUCAAAGCAAAUGUUAAGUCAGAAAAUACUGAUCAAGAUCUGUUGGUAGAUAAAGUAGAAAAAAAGGGAACAAAGAAGUCUCCUGGAGUUAAAAGGAAAGUUACUCCUAAGAAAGAAAAAGCAGCAGAUAGUAAUCAAGAUGAUGAUAUAGAUGACUUUGAGGCAAAGAGUAACAAUUUAAUGGUUAAAACAACAACUAGAAAGAAAGUGACUCCAACUAAAAAAACAAAUACACUUAAAAUUAAAGAUAAUAGUCCACAAAAGUCAAGUAAUAAAAUAGAUGAACAAGAUGAUGAAAUUUUCGAAUUUAAAGAACCAAAAAAAACUAGAGGCAAAGGUAAAUCACCUAAUGAGAAAAAUACUGUAGAAAGUAUCACUAAAGCAAAAAAGUCUCCUGUGCAACGAAAAUCUCCAAGAAUUAAUGUUUCUAAUGCAGAAGGCAAUGAUGUUCAGCCAUCUGAUAAUGUUGCAAAGAAAACAAAAAAAUAAUCUUUUUUUUUGUCAAUUGCAUGUUUGAUUAUUAAGUCAUGUUUCUAUUUUUGAUGUUAUUGAGCAAUGUUUCAUCAAAAUAAAUAUUGUUAUUUGUUACUUAUAAGAACAAUUUUAUAAUGCAGCUAAAAUUGUUUGCUGUUAUUAAACAUUAAUGUGAAAUGUAUGUGUAAACCUCAUGAUCAUGGUUGUUUAUAAGUUUUAAUUAAGAAAAUAAAAAUACCUCAUUAGAUGUUAA